ACAGUGACUACAAGCUAUUUAAAGAAGCCCUACUUGGUGGUAAGGAGUCAGGUGUGUGGAGAGGAGUCAGAUUGGCUCUCUAGCAAUACAGCAUUGGGAGCUCUGUGAAACUUCACCUUCUGUGUUUGCAAGAUAUUCCUGGAGCUCCUGCAUCCCUUCAGCCGGCAGUGCAUGUGCCCUGUGCUUCCCACAGCAUCACCCCAGGCGUUCGCUCCAUUCACGUGACACGUUACACAAGCCAGUGAGAGCUGCAUGUUUUCCUUGAUAUCGAUAACCUUGUACAGCCAUGUAUCAGCACGCAAGUGAAAACACCUGUAAGCUGCACCUUAUCAUCAUCAGUUCUAUGACUCAUCAGACUCUGAUAAUUACUUUGUCUAGCAAUCUUAGUUCUCAGUCAAGUAGAGGCAAUUUGAAACAGUGCCUUUGGAAAGAAGACUCGGUGCAGACCCAGAACCACAGACAAACUCCAAAUAGCAGCAGAAUGCUGAGUUGCUUCAAGCUUACAAUGGCACCCUGGAAGAGACCACAUAAAGUUGCACUGUUAAUUGUGAACGUAGGUGUUGUGUGUUACCUGGUGCACUUACUGCAAGAACAAAGAAAGGGAAAGCUUGGUUCCUUGGACGUUAAUCAUCGGUCUCUGGACCAACAAAAUAACAUCCUCCAGAGACUGGACCAUUUGGACUGGAACAUUCAGAACCUCUCAAAAUCAGUGGAAGCAUUCCAUGAAAAUAUAAAACAAAUAGAACAUGACUUGAAGCUGCAAGUUAACUCCAAGACUGAAGUACACAAAGCUGAUAACGCAAAGGAGGAAAAGGAGAUUGAACACCAUUUGCUGUACCCGGACUCAGCUUUGUUCAAACGCUGGGGUGCAGAUUUAAGGGAAGAAGAGCAAGUUAUUGCACAGAAUCUGUUCUUAAAUUAUGGGUAUAAUGUUUAUUUCAGUGAUCUUCUACCUCUGGAUCGACCUAUCAGAGACACCAGAUCUCCCAGCUGUAAAAUAAAAACAUAUCCGAAAGACCUUCCAACACUCAGUGUUAUACUUAUAUUUAUGAAUGAAGCACUGUCAGUCAUCUUACGUGCAAUUACUAGCAUAAUUAACCGAACACCUUCUCAUUUAUUGAAAGAAAUUAUCCUGGUAGACGACUACAGUUCAAAUGAUGAUCUGAAAGGAACUUUGGAAGCACACAUCAAAAAUUACAAUGCAAAGCAUCCUGGAAAGCUAAAGAUCAUCAGACAUCAGAAAAGACAAGGCUUAACACAAGCCCGGAUUUCUGGCUGGGAGGCAUCAACUGCAGAUGUUGUUGCAAUUUUGGAUGCCCAUAUUGAAGUGAACGUGGCAUGGGCUGAGCCUAUUUUGUCUCGACUAAAAGAAGAUCGCACUGUUAUAAUAUCACCAGUAUUUGACAAUAUUCGUUUUGAUGACUUUGAGAUUCUUCAGUAUUCAGUGGCUGCAGAUGGAUUUGACUGGGCACUCUGGUGCCUUUAUGAAUCUUUGCCAGCUGAUUGGUAUGCUCUGAAGGAUGAAACAGCUCCAGUCCGGAGCCCAUCCAUAAUGGGAAUUCUUGCUGCAGAUAGGAAAUUUCUGGGUGAGAUUGGUGUACUGGACAGUGGAAUGCACAUAUAUGGAGGAGAAAAUGUGGAACUUGGCGUGAGGGCCUGGCAGUGUGGAGGUAAAGUAGAAGUGCUGCCCUGUUCAAGAAUUGGUCAUUUGGAACGAGCUCACAAGCCUUACUUGCUAGAUUUGACCGUCACAGUGAAACGCAACGCCUUGCGGGUAGCUGAAGUGUGGAUGGAUGAAUACAAGUACAUGGUCUACUUUGCGUGGAAUCUUCCAAUUGAGAAUUCUGGAGUAGACUUUGGAGAUGUUUCUUCCAGAAAAGAGCUGAGGAAAAAACUGAACUGUAAAAGCUUUGACUGGUACAUAAAAAACAUUUACCCUGAUUUAGUAUUUCUUCCCAACAUUGUUGGCUAUGGCACAAUGAAAAACACAUUGAAAGAAGAUGCCUGUAUUGAUCAUGGCCCUGUCCCUGGAAACACACCAAUUAUGUAUCCUUGUCAUGCAUAUUCAUCACAGCACACCUUUUAUCACAGCACUGGAGAAAUGUAUGUAGGAGGUCUACGUGCCCGACGGUCUACAGCUGAUAGGUGCCUGACAGACCCUGGGAACGGGGACCUGCCAGUUUUAGAGCAAUGUGACACAGCUGUGAAUAAAGGCCUGAACUUGCACUGGGAUUUUAAGCAGGGAUCAGCCGUAAUCAACAGGAGCACUAAAAGAUGCCUCGAAAUCACAACAGAUGAUCCAGUUUCAUACAGACUUGUAAUGCGGACCUGCACGGGACAAAGGUGGAAUAUCCAACACACAGUUAAGGACUGGGGAAAGACAAACCUGGAACAGAAGGCACAGCACUCAAAGCAUUGA